AUGGACAUUUCUCGUCAAACCAUCGCAAAACCUAGAUUUUUAGAAGUCGAAAAAUUCGUAGAAUCUCGAACAAAUUCAAUCGCUCAAUUAUUAAAAGCAAUUGAUAAUGAAGCUUUGGUUUCCGGUGAAGUUACAAAAGGUCCAAGAACCGCAGCUCAAAGACUACCAAGACAUAUGAGAAGAAGAGCAAUGGCACAUGAUGUUAGAAGAUUUCCAAAAGGAAUGAGAAGCUUCGCAUCAAGUUAUUUGAUUUCGAAACAUCGCAAAAAGCCGCCAAGUCGUUUUGCAAGACGAAAACCAUCGAAUAUUUUAAAGGUUUAGAGAUGGGGAAGUGAAAAAAUAAUUAAAGUAUUUAUAGAGCUACGCCAGACGAAAGAUGUUGAAUGGGAAAUGGUUAGAAACUCAUAUUUGGCAUGCGAAAAGAUUUCGGAUGAUUAAGAGGUGAAUUUUUAGACGUGGCUCUCAAGAAAUUAUUCAAAGAAUGGACCAAAAUUGUUUAGAAAAAACAGUCUGAAACUGGGUUAGGGAAAGAUUUUAGGAUGAAAAAUAUACCUUAUUUUUUCACUCACUCUCUUUAAAUUCUUUUUUCCAGAUGGGGAUUCAAACUUGCCGAUCGAAGUUAUCAACGUGGAUUUCGAGCAAUCAUUCGAGAUUCGAAUAAAAAAUGCGUUGUUCGUGACCGAUCUUUUCUGACUUGUAUCACAAUAUCUUCCGAGGACAAUGCAAUAAUUUUAGAAGGAAUCGAAAGAUUAGUUAGUAAAAAAUGCGGAAUAACUUUCAAUUCCGAGAAAGGUUUAUCUGGAAAACACGAACUUCCGAUUCAUAUUUAUGAAAAGGAUAAAUAUCCAAGCAAUUAUAUUGGACCUGCGAGAUUUCAAUGGGUUUCAAAGUCAGUUUUUCUGUUGAGAUUUUGAUAGUCAUAUAUUAUAAUAGUAUUUGUUGAUCACGAUUCUUGUGUUGUCUGCUGUUAAAAAUCAAAAUUUUCAGAAAUCAACUUGUUAUUUGGUGUCAUCCAUCAGUUGAAGAGACACUUAUCAAUCAAUUGAAAGACUUGUUUGGAUUAGAAAAAAUAGAAAACAUGGAAAAAGACGAGGAAGAAGAAGAAAAUGAGAAGAAUAUAUUAUAUUCUUCAGAGAAAGUGAAAGUUUUGGUAUAUUCUGGAGAAAUCAAUCGAUUCAGAUUGUUUGGACCUUUAUCGUUAGAAAAAUUGGCGGAAGCUAUUCGAUUGACUGAAAAUCAAGAGGAAUUUGGAAAACAUCACGAACAAUUUCGAAAAAUUGUGAAUUCGAAGGAUUAUUUGACGAGAAUUGCUAAUGGAACGAUUUUAUCGAUUGAGAUUGAGGAUUCGAGAACUUGUUGGGAUCGAAAAGAUCGAAAGAAGAAUUGGAAAAAAGAGAGAAAUGAGGGAGAUGAGGAAGAGUUUUGGAUGGAUUUGGAACAACCUUCGACUUCAUUUUGGAAUCAAGAAGUUCGAGAGAAUGCAAGAGAUAAAAAGUGAGGGAAUUUGUAAAUUUUUUGUUCGAAAAAUCAGGAAUUCUCAAAAAAUUCAGAAAAACCUAUCUUAAAAAACUCAAAAUUCUCACCGAAAAAUUCAAUAGUAUUUUCAGACUACCCAACAAAGAUUUCCAAAAACAAAAUGCUGAAAAAAUCGAAGGACUCAAAAGAACAGAUUCAAAAAUCCCAAUCCUCGUCAUUUUUCGAAAUACAAAUCAAAGUAUUCUUGAUGGAAUUGAAAUUCUGAUUCCACAAGAUUUUGGAAAAGAUUUAUGGGUCGCUUUGCAAAAGAUGUGGAGUUCGAGCAAGUGGAAUGCGAGAUGAUUUUUCGGCACAUUUAGAAGCUCGUGCACUUUGUAGUCCGAAUGAUGAUAUUGAUUCGAAGGCUGGGAAAGAGUUUGAAGAUUAUACGAGGGAUCAAGUUCAUGUAACAUUGGGGGAAGGAAAGGAGUUCAGGAAUUUUUUUAUCAUGGUUUUUAAAAUUUCCUAAAUCUAAAUUUAUUCUGUCAAAACCCUUCAUUUUCAACCUGAACCUUUUUUUUAAAUUUUCCAGAAAGUGUGGCUCGGUCGGCCAUUCAAUAGACGAUGUCGAUUCUGGAGUGCUUUAUCUAUCAAAUAUCCAUUCACAUAUAACUGGCCAAAUCUUUGUUCAGAUUGGGGAAAUCGAGAUGAUUCACCACCAAUUGUUUGUCGAGACUUACAACAACUCGCAUUUUUUGACACGGUUUUGCGCGGGAAAAAUAGUGGGUUUUUUGAAAAUAUUUGUUUGAUCCUUCUCCAGCCCAUUUCUCUGAAAAAAUUACCUGAAAAUUUUGAAUUCAUUUUUUUUCAGUUUAGUUAAAAUCUUAAAGUUUCAAACUUGAAAAUAUAUUUGCUAAUUUAGUGAUGACGUGGCAAAAAAUAACUAAAUUAUAGAAAAUUUUAAUUGGAAUUUGCUGUAUGAGAAAAAUUUCAUUUUUAAUACGUUUCCCUGGAUCUCCUUCCCAAACGUUGAAUUUUCAGAACCGUCUGAAAAUCUCGAAUCCAUCCUCAUCCCCGUCAAACUCGAUUUCAUUGGAAGAGGAAGACCGAAAAAAUUGGGAAUUAUUUGUUUGCCGACUGAAGAAGAUUUGAAGAAUUUGAAAAUCAAUCGAAAUAUUGAAAUUAUCCAGGAAAGUUUGAAAAUCAAGGAAAUUGGCGAAGAACACAUGGAAGUUGAAGAGGAAAAUAAUGGAGAAAGAAAGUUGACUGGAUUUGUAUCACUUGAAGCAGCGGCGAAUGAGAAACCGAUUAGUUUGAAAAAUAUAUUUGAAAAUGAUCAGAAAUUGGAUGAUAAAAAUAUUCGAAGAAAAAGAUUGAACAAGAAAAAAAGAGAGACGAAAAAACGGAGAAAAUUGGAAGGAGAAAUGAAUCCAGUUGAGGAAAAUGAGCAGAGAAUUCAGAAAAGUAUGGAGAAUUAUCGAGAUUCGGCAAAUCGAACGAUUAUUGGAAGAAUUGUUAAUGGAGAACAAAGUUUGCUUGGUGGAUGUGGAAUUGGGUUGGGAUUUAUCUGUGCGAGUUCGUUGGAACAGUUUUCGGCCAAUUUUGGAAAAUGUGAGCAUUUUUGGGAAGUUAUUUGACGGGACUCACAAAAAUUGAUAUCUAUGCAGAAAAUCGUUUUUUUAACCCCAAAAUAUUCUGGAAAAUAUACGUUUCAAAAUUUUUAUGAGUGAAAAUUUCAGAAUUUUGAAAAUUGUUCAUGGAAAAAUACAAAAUACAAAAAUUUGAAACACUACGAGCAAAAAUCUACAGGAGCUUUUCAAAAACUUGAUAUGCUCAAGUAUUUUUUUUUUCAAAAACAGCUUAAAAAUAUACGUUUCAAAAAUGUUGUAACUGCAAAAAAUUGAAGAAUCGAAUAAUUUACAAUUCCCAACUCAAAAAUAAUUUUUUAAAGGCAAAUCAUUGGUUCUCGUUCGAAAUUCGACUUCAAAAUACUAUCAUCCGGCUGUGGUUUCAGUAAUUCGAAGAACUUCACAAAUUUAA